AUGGGUGCGCUUGAUAACUUCGAGCCGACGAAGAUCAUGCCUUCCGACGAAGUCGAACUACGUCGUGAAUAUGCCAAGUGCAUUGAUGCGCGGAUGAAGUUUUAUGACCCAACCUUCAAGAUGAAUUCGGUCCAUUUAGCUAGCAUUAUUACGACACCUCUGGACAGUCUUGACCAGAUCCGCCGCAUGUCACUUAUGGGCUCGUUCUUGGGUAGCCUGCCGCCUUUGCUCAAACGCUACCUCAUCGAGAACUCCGGCAUCCCCAAGUCAUACCUGACAGCUGAUCCAAAACGAUCGAUACCGGGCGACAGUGAGCACCAGAGGAACCUGUGCCGAAAACGCGACAGCUACACAUGCGUGUUUCUGCCAAAUACACAGAAUGAUGUAACAGUUGCACAUAUCGUUCCGCCAACCUGA